UAUGAUCAUGAUAAAGGCAAAAAAUUAUGGGAUGACAUUUUAAACAUUUUGGGAUACCGAAUUUUAAAAGCAGGUUCUAUUUCUUCAACAUUUCGCAGAGGAUCAAAGGAAUUAACUCGUGAUUUUGGAAGAAAAGUAACAGGAAUAAAAGAUAUCUCUAAAUGUAAUAUUUAUGCAUCAAUAAUGAAUGAAAAUAAUAAAAAAGCAUUUUCUUUGCAUGUUGAUUAUAGAGAUCGAUGA